GAUCACAACACUGUGAGGGAUAAAUUACGCCUUUUCGUCGAUUCCCUGAUCAGGAACAGAUUUUUAAACUCACCAUGCCCGCGCACCCAGAAGCAGCUGCUGUUACCAACCCGUGACCGCGCGUCUUCAAAAGGUCCUAAGACAGCGCUGAGUGGCUGACCGCCCCCCCUGAGCAAGUCUCACCUGUGUAUUCCGUGAGACACCGAGCGGGUUCACAAAAAAGCCAUGAGCGAGCCCGUCAACGACCCCGGGAGCAUCCUGAGCUACCAGAGGCCAGAUGAGGAGGUGGUGGUGGACCAGGGAGGGACCAGCUCUGUACUGAACAUCCACUAUGAGAAGGAGGAACUAGAAGGCCACAGGGCUCUUUUUGUCGGGGUUCGGAUGCCCAUGCAGAGCCAUCGUCACCACAAGCCUCACGGCUCUCGCCACCGCAAGAGAGACAGAAGGGCGGGAAGCAUCGCAACACAGCAAAGCGAGGAAAGUGAGACGGCCGCUUCCAGUCAUGACACGCCGUCCCAGCGGGUCCAGUUCAUUCUUGGCACAGAGGAGGAUGCUGAACACGUGACCCACGAGCUGUUCACUGAGCUCGAUGAGAUCUGUGUGAAGGAUGGCAAGGAUGCCGAGUGGAAGGAAACCGCCAGGUGGCUGAAGUUUGAGGAAGAUGUGGAGGACGGUGGGGAGAGGUGGAGCAAGCCCUAUGUCGCAACACUUUCCCUCCACAGCCUGUUUGAGCUGCGAAGUUGCAUCAUCAAUGGCAGCGUAUUGCUCGACAUGCACGCUGACAGCAUCGAAGAGAUUGCAGACAUGGUGCUGGACCACCAGGAGGCGUCCCAUGAGCUGGACGACAGUGUGAGAGUGAAGGUGCGUGAGGCUCUACUGAAGAGGCACCACCACCAGAAUGACAAGAAGAAGAACCUGAUGCCCAUGGUGCGCUCCAUCGCAGAGGGAACCCGCAAACAGUCGGAGACGUAUCUGAUGGCAGGGCCCCCCACAUCUUCCCAGCCUUCAGUGGUCUCAGAACCAGCCAAAAAUGGUGGAGGACAGGACGCCCAAGUGGACCUCAGCAAAGUGGACAUGCACUUCAUGAAGAAGAUCCCGGAGGGCGCAGAGGCCUCCAAUGUAUUGGUAGGAGAACUGGACUUCUUGCAGAGGCCCAUAGUAGCCUUUGUCCGCCUUUCCCCUGCUGUGCUGCUCACCGGACUCACUGAGGUCCCCAUACCUACCAGGUUCCUCUUCAUUCUCCUGGGCCAAGAUGGAAAGGCUCAGCAAUACCAUGAAAUUGGACGUUCUAUGGCAACCAUCAUGACAGAUGAAAUCUUCCAUGAUGUAGCCUACAAGGCAAAGGACAGAAGUGACCUGCUGGCUGGAAUCGAUGAGUUUCUAGACCAGGUGACGGUGCUACCACCAGGAGAGUGGGACCCCUCAAUCCGCAUCGAGCCCCCAAAGAGUGUUCCCUCCCAGGAGAAGAGAAAGAUGCCAGGAGUCACUAAUGGCACCGCCUGCCAGGUUGAGGAGGAACUACAUGCCGAGCAUCACGGACCAGAGCUACAGAGAACUGGAAGGUUGUUUGGUGGUCUGAUACUGGACAUCAAGAGGAAAGCUCCGUUCUAUCUGAGUGACUUUAAGGACGGUCUUAGCCUUCAGUGUGUGGCCUCCUUCCUCUUCCUCUACUGUGCCUGCAUGUCUCCUGUCAUCACUUUUGGAGGACUGCUUGGGGAGGCAACAGAGGGACGCAUCAGCGCCAUAGAGUCCUUACUGGGUGCGUCUAUGACUGGAGUCGCCUACUCUGUGUUUGCUGGUCAGCCUCUCACAAUUCUGGGAAGCACAGGUCCUGUGCUGGUUUUCGAGAAAAUCCUCUACAAGUUCUGCAAGGACUACGACCUGUCCUAUCUGUCUCUGAGGACUUGCAUCGGCCUGUGGACGGCUGUGCUUUGUUUUAUUCUGGUUGCCACUGAUGCAAGCUCUCUGGUGUGCUACAUCACUCGGUUCACAGAGGAGGCCUUUGCCGCCCUGAUCUGCCUCAUCUUCAUCUACGAGGCCUUGGAGAAGCUGGUUCACCUGGGAGAGGUCUACCCCUUCAAUGCAAACAGCGAUCUGGACAAACUCACACUGGCGUACUGUAGAUGUACAGAGCCUGAUAACCCCAGUAAUAAGACCUUACAACUGUGGAGUUCGAAAAACAUCACAGCAUCUGAAGUACCCUGGACCAACCUUACUGUCAAGGAAUGUGUGGGUCUGCAAGGCCACUUUGUCGGGACAUCAUGUGGCCCCCAUGGGCCCUUCACCCCAGAUGUUCUCUUCUGGUCGACCAUUUUGUUCUUCUCCACUUUCCUCAUGUGUGCGUUCCUCAAACAAUUCAAAACAAGUCGUUAUUUCCCCACCAAGGUGCGAUCCAUGAUCAGUGACUUCGCAGUGUUCCUCACCAUUGCCAUCAUGGUUCUGCUGGAUUAUCUAAUUGGAGUGCCCUCCCAGAAGUUGAAAGUGCCCAACAAAUUCCAGCCUACCAGAGACGACCGAGGUUGGUUGAUCAAUCCAAUAGGACGCAACCCUUGGUGGACAGUCCUGGCGGCAACUAUUCCUGCUCUUCUGUGCACCAUCCUCAUCUUUAUGGACCAACAGAUAACGGCCGUCAUCAUCAACCGCAAAGAGCACAAACUGUUGAAGGGAUGCGGGUACCACCUGGACCUACUCAUAGUCGGAGUGAUGCUGGCGGUUUGCUCUAUCAUGGGCUUGCCCUGGUUCGUGGCAGCCACAGUGCUGUCCAUCUCUCACGUCAACAGCCUGAAGCUGGAGUCGGAAAGCUCGGCUCCAGGAGAGAUGCCUCGCUUCCUGGGCAUCAGGGAACAAAGGCUCACUGGCCUGAUCAUCUUCCUGCUCAUGGGCUGCUCCGUAUUCAUGACUGGAGCUCUGCAGUUCAUUCCUAUGCCAGUGCUGUAUGGGGUUUUCCUUUACAUGGGAGUGUCUUCAUUAAAAGGCAUACAGUUCUUUGACCGGCUGAAGUUGUUCGGCAUGCCAGCGAAGCACCAGCCAGACUUCAUCUAUCUGCGUCACGUCCCCUUGAGGAAGGUGCACCUGUUCACUCUGACACAGCUCUCCUGUCUGCUGCUGCUCUGGUUCAUUAAGACCUCACCUGCUGCUAUUGUCUUUCCAAUGAUGGUGCUGGCUUUGGUUUUUGUUCGCAAACUGCUGGACUGUUGUUUCUCCGACCGAGAGCUAAGUUACCUGGAUGACUUGAUGCCUGAGUGGAAGAAAAAAACCCUUGAUGAUGUUUCCAAAUCAAUAGUAGAGGAAUCACAGAUUAUGCUCAGUACAAAGAGGGAGGAUAUUGCUGCUGUUCCGAUUCCCGCGGAGAGCAGCAAGCCUAUUCAGACCCCAAAAGCACAUGACCCAAGGUGUGACCCCUCUGAUAUUAAUAUAUCUGAUGAAAUGUCUAAAACCACUGUGUGGAAAUCCCUCAACUCUAACCAAAAGGACAUUUGUCCUGUAUCUGCUAAGAAGGAUUGAAGGGAUUGCGUUCAUAGACGAGUAAAAGAUGUACACAUGUCCUGGACCCAAAUACUGCGCAAAGGCGGCUUUGAUCAUCAGCCACUACAGUGCUUAAAGGGAAAAGGUCUUGAUGAUGUUAACCAGCUAACUGCAACACAUAAUAAUUUCCAUUAACACACAGACAAGGAGACGGACAGCGAUGGACACUUUUAUCUUUGCGAGGACUAUAAAUAUUCUUAAAAGCGUGUUUCUCUCAAAUAAGAACUGAUUCCAAAUCUGAUCACUUGACUAGAAACAAGCAUCAACCUGGCCAACAGUGAUCUUAUUUUGACUAUAAAACGGUUAAUAAACCCCUGGUCUUAACCAUCGUCUUGCUAUUGAAACUUCCUACUAAACCAGUCAGGGAUGACAUCUCAAAGUCAUUCAGAGUCACUGUUCUGUCUUUUCCCAGAAACCUAACAAAGAAGUCUUGGUGGUUUGUUUUUAGCUUAUUGGACACUGCUGUUGUUUGUCUAUAAAUAUCAAUUUUCCCAACAUCAGUAUGAUAGAUCAUACUUAUCUUUCUUGUAGGAUGGAUGUUUCAAGUGUUACACUGGAUUUACCCCAAACAGCUACCUACUUGCAAUUGAAAAUGUUCCUAUGACAGUGAAAGAAAAUAGUAAAGUCAUGUGACCGGAAAUCCAAACAGCAAAGUCAGCUGUGAAGAGUUGCAUGAUCACUACAAACGACCCCAUUAAACUAGAACCAAUCAUGUGAUCAGUGAUGCUUAUAACAAAAAUUCUCCCCAAUAUUUGUUCCUCAAAAAGAUAGAAGAACAGCCGCACACAUAACAACAAAGAUCUCUCAACUCCCCCUUUUCACUUUUUGAUUAGAAACCCCCCCAGGUUUCAGAUGCCGCUGCACACGCCAUGGUGUCCAGUAAGUGCUUCUUUAAAUCAAAGCAAGCUCCUUUUAGUAAUCUAAGUACAUUUAUUACCCAGGAUCAAUUAUAUUUGUAUUUAAUGUGCCAUGAGUAUGUCCCUUUUUCUAAUGGUGAUGAUAUGGUGAAUUAUUUGGUAGAUUUAAAAAUACUUUGCAGGUUCAGUAAUACUUACUAUUUUGGAACAUAAAACUUUGUGUCAGUUUUGUGUGAUGAUGUAAACUGAAAAAAGUAAAUGUUAGAAGACCCACUUCAGUUGAAGCAGUGGCAUCAAUAACGUAUUUUUUUAAGCUGUAAUCUUUUUCCCUUUAUGGACGUUUGUCUUUGAACUGAUGAUUGUGUACGACAGAGGUUGUUCUGCAGAAUACCUGUCGCGUGUUAGUACUGUCUACUGUCUUAUUGUCUUAUUUCUUUACCUCAGACAAGUUCAUGAAUGCUCCUGCAGGGCACUUUUGAUGACACCAGUUCAGGGGAAACCAGAGCAGAUAAAUGGUGUGUGUGUGUGUGUGUGUGUGUGUGUGUGUGUGUGUGUGUGUGUGUCUUUGCGUGUAGGUGUAUGGGUGUGAGAGAGUCUCUUGUGUAUCAGGAAAGGGUUGCUGCAGGACUUUCUUUUAAGCAAUAAUUUACCCCACGUCCAACCCAAAUUGACCUUACUAUCACUAUUUUUUUUUUUUGUGCCAAUGCAACAUUUUUUAUCCUCCCCAAGUGGUGGUUCAGGAAAUCACAGAACACUAAAGGCAUCUUGAAUUAAAAGGAUAUGUUUUGUUCCUACAUUAUGUGGAUGCCCAAGUCAGUUUGGAUGAACCAGGUUCAACCGUAUUGUGCUCCACCUCAUUUUUAUCAGCCAAAGGAAACAGAUUAUUUUGUGAAAUGACCUUCACUAUAAUUUAGUCUUUAGCACUUUCUGUAAAUAAAGAAUUCUAUUCUAUAUUUUAUUUUGAAUAAUACUAUUAAGCAUUUAAAUAAUUUAAAAAAAGCAUUAUAUUGAAUUAUUUUUAGAUAUAAAAUUACAUUAAUAUUAUAUUAUAUUAUUACAUUAUAUUAUCAUUAUUAUUAUUAUUAUGUGUGCUCUUUACUUUCUGUUUAUGCUGUAAUACACCACAGAUGUCACACUCUUGUCCUCUAUGGACAACCUAGAGAACCUUGAAUCUGCUCAUUGAUCAAUCAUUGAUUGCUUUCCAAUUUAGAUGAAAAUGAACAGGACUAAUUAUUAAUAUUAAUUACAUAAUGUCUACCUUUACUUUUGCUUCCACAUUGACAGGAAAUGAGGGAGACAAGAUGACAUUUAACAAAAGUCCCGGCUAGACUCACCAUUCAUUUGUAGAAGGAUCUUUAGAGACAUUAUUAUUAGUAUUCAAGCCAUCAUUGAUUUAUUAGAGUCACGUUUUAAAUCUGUAAACUCCUUGACAUACUAUCCAGUUAAUUGGACUAAUCCACUUUAUUGUCCAUUUUAACAGCUACAUCAUCCAGGGUACACAUAAUUUAUUUUUAAGUGACUUAAAAGUGCACAAAUGCAGUAAUCUGACUGUGUAACAAUACGUGCAGUAAUAACUACUCUAAGACGGAUAUGAACACUUUACUUACUUUACAUUGUGUUUGCUGUCAUGUAUCUCCGCUUUGACUUUUGAAUGUGAAUGUUCCUUUUGUCCCCGAGGACUCAUAACUAAAUUAGCAAAUGGCAUGAAUAAAUAUUAUUCUUUGUGUAGAUAAAUAUAAUCUAGUUCAUAUGAAUAGGUUCAAAUUAAUAAUGUGUAAAUUUAGACUCAACCAAACUGUGGAAACACUUUAUAACAUCCAAUGACAGUAGAAAGGCUUUCACAAAAGAACUUAACUAUUCAGCAAUCAUUCAAAUAUUUUCAAUAAACAUCACGUGUCUUUAAAUCGUUAAUGUAAUUUUGAAUGUAUCGUAAACAUACAGGUAAAUGCUGUAGGUAUACUGUGUGCAAAUAUGACCGGGAGAGUGUAACUUCAUUGAACACAUGAACACCUUUUUGUGCCAUCUUCUUACCAUUUACCUUUGAUCAUCUUACAUCUGACCAAAACAAACCUUUUAAAUUGAAGCACAGUUUGUUAAGAAAACGCCUCAUUACUCUGAUUUUGUAUAAUGUCUUUGUCACACAGAAAGAGUUUCUCUCCUGCUGGAACUUCAUUGUUGUAUGUUCAUGUUGUCAUUGUAGAUACCAUUGAAAGCUGUGCACUGUGUGAAGCUAUGUACUUCCAAGGAAUAUUAUACAAAGAUUUGUUGAAAUAAAAAUAAAUGGAUAAAAGAGAGAGAGAGAUAUUUGAAAGCGGGAGGCUUUCAGGGAGAAGAGCACUUCUACUGCAGUAACCUUAAUCAUCUUGGAGCCAUAACAAGAGCAAUGCGUUGUCUCUUUAACCACUGAAAGAUCAGUCUUCAGCAAAAUAAUUCUACAUGUUUUGUAUGUAUAUGUAAUUUGAUUUUGACAAUGGAAAAUAAAUAAUUACAGUUCAAAUGAAA